AUGCAACAUCAAGGCGCCAAUAUAUCAUGCACCACGGAUAUUUGGACAUCUCUCUCACAAGAUUCUUUCUUAUCCUGUACGGCACAUUAUAUAGAUAAAGAAAAAUGGGAAUUAAGUAGUCACACUUUAUGUACAAUAGGAUUAGAGGAACGACAUACAGCUGAGAAUAUAGCUUUAGGAUUAGAAAUGAUAUUCUUCGAUUGGAAUUUAGAAGAACAAAUUUUUGCCAUAGUACACGACAAUGCAUCCAAUAUGAUAAACGCUGCAGAAAAUCUUCAAAAUAUAAAUGAACAUGUUAACUGUGCGGCUCAUACCCUACAACUAGCUGUGAAUGAUGCAUCACAAUUAGAAAAUAUAGCAUAUGUUAUACAGAAAGCACGGAAAAUUGUUGGACAUUUCAAACAUUCUACAUUAGCAAUGCAAGAGCUACACAAAACUCAAAUAAAAUUCAAUCUGCCGCAAGAAACAUUAAUUCAAAGCUGUCCUACAAGAUGGGAUUCCACUUAUUAUAUGUGUGAACGUUUACAAAAAAAUAGAACUCCUAUUUUGGCGGUAUUAAAUGAUACAUCUAUAACAAAACCGAGGCAGGCUCAAAACUUAGAAAUCACUGCAAUUGAAUGGUUGACUAUAGAAAAACUGGUGACGCUUCUGAAACCUCUCCAAUGUGCAACCACCGUAUUUUGCUCUUCAUCCGAAGUCACAAUAUCUUUGGUUCGUCCGGUAAUACGAGGAAUCAUAGAUAAUCAUCUGAUAGAGGACGUUUUGGACGACGACUAUAUUUCAACAUUCAAACAAAUAUUACGUCAAUCACUGAUUAGGCGCUUUGAUAUGGAAAUACAAUCAAACGAGAAAACGCUAGCUCCAACCGAUAUACCGGAGGAAAGAACUACACGUGUGGUUGGAAGAGCAUUAGAUUUUAUUUUUAAAAAGAGUACUUCAAGUACACAAACUGACUGGCGAAAGCAACUUGACCAUUAUCAAAUAGAGAUAACCAUUGAUUAUAAUGACUCACCCCUCGAAUGGUGGAAG